AUGAGAUUUAUGAUUCUAGUUGUUUGAUGAUGAUGUUAGGCUUACUGUCAAGAAGCAAACAAAGAAGGAGAAGCAAGCUGCGAAGGACCCGAACAAGCCAAAGAGGGCUGCAAGUGCCUUCUUUGUCUUCAUGGAGGACUUCAGGAAGCAGUACAAGGAAAAACACCCCACCAACAAAUCUGUUGCUGCUGUUGGUAAAGCUGGUGGUGAUGAGUGGAAGUCAAUGAGCAAAGAGGACAAAGCCCCCUUUGUUGCAGUUGCAGAGGAGCGAAAAGUGGAAUACGAACGGAAAAUGAAGGCAUACAACAAGAAACUGGCUGGCCAGGAAGAUGAGGAGUCGGACAAGUCCAAAUCCGAGGUGAAUGACGAGGAAGAUGAGGAGGGGAGCGGGGAGGUUAGCGAGGAAGACGAAGACGACGACUGAGUAAAUUUUGAAGAUGAGAUAUGUUUGGUUGCAGUAGUAAUAUGCUUUCUUACUGUAUGAAAUCAUAUUCCUCCACAACAUGAAUAUAGAGUUUUAGCCAGUGAUGCAGAAUUUUGGAUGUUAUUGAACUGCUUUGAAAGAUAUUUUCAGUCAUUUUUAUUGAUAUUAUUUGGGCCCAUUUCUAA